AUGUCCACCAACGGCGAUAGUCCGCCAGCCGAGGCGCAGGGUGACUCGAGAGACCCCAGUGGCUUUCUGAGCGAGAUCAUCGGCGCUCCUGUGACGGUCAAGCUGAACUCUGGCAUCAUCUACAAGGGCGACCUUCAAUCAGUCGACGGUUACAUGAACAUUGCGCUUGAACGAUGCAGGGAAGUUUCUGAUGGUCAAGUAACUCGCAAUUGGGGAGAUGCAUUUGUUCGAGGCAACAACGUCACCUAUAUUUGCGCAGACAACGCGUGAUCUUAUUGACUACUGGGACGCAGUUCAGUCAGCGCUGAUAUGAAUUUCGCAUUUGGGUAACGAGUUGAUGAAAACAACAUAUUCAAUUCUACAAAAAGUUUCAAUAGUGGCUUGUUUGAGUGUAAUUGCUCUUCUGGCGUAUGAUCACGCCCAAACAAAGUUCUAUCUCCUUACUUAUAUCACUGCCCGCACUUGCAACACUCCGUCUAUUGUCUUCCUCAUUAUAUAGACGAUACCAAAACUUCGAUCCACAACACCUACACAUCAAAGGUGAAUCAGUGUGGCCUUCCUUCUCUCACGGCACUCUACUACAUAGCGUCAGUCCUCGCUUUCCAGAGUUGUUCACGCCUUUCAU